AAUGGCUAUCACCACAAAAACUCUAAUCACGUUGGUUUGCAGUGUCAUUUUCAUUGUAUCUUAUGUUCAUUGUCAUACCACAACUGCUAGUGCCCCAGGCAGGAGCAUAACGGGAUACGCAAUAGAUCAUGUAAUCGAGAAGAAGCCUGAGUAUUGCAUCAGAUUAAGAGCGUGUGCAUCGAAAGGGACAGGCGAUUAUUCCUUAGGUUGCAUUGUGUAUUGUAAUAACAACCAGUAUGCUUAUGCUGUUUGCAUAGCAGGAGAGCGAUGUUGUUGUUAUCAUCCCAAUGAAGUAUCUGCUUAAAAAAUACCGUCGACACUUUUUUGUUUUUUUUAUGACAUCAU